AUGAAGUCCACCAUUGUCAUCAGCAUUCUGGCCGCCUGUGUUGCUGCUUGGAAAUACCCCAACUGUGAACAUGACAACUGUUACCGUGCCUUGAUCAAGGAGGCUCUUCAGGAUGAAGCCAAGUCCUUUUGCUUCGAUUGGCUUGCCAGGACUAUGGCUGCGACUCCCUCUAUUCCCGCCGAGUUCAACAACUGUGAUGCCAGGGCCGCCAGCUCUGCUUGUUCGUGCAUCACCUACGCGGCUAUUCACACGGCCGGUUCCGCCGCCACCACUACCAUCCCUUGGAUUGGCGAUGAUCACGACGAAACAGAUUCUUCGUACCGCCACCGCCAACACUGA